AUGGUCUUAGCACACAAGUUGUGCAGCCUAUAUCGACAUUGCUUCAUCACCGUCGCCACCCUGCUAGCGUUCUGCAGUCUCGGUGGGCAUGCGUGGGAGACCAAGGAACAAGCCCUGUCACAAGCCGUCGAGCUGGUCAACGAUCCAGCUCACUUUGGCGUCUCAACACUGUCAACAAUAUACCCAGCCGACCAUCCAGUUGGCGACUUGGCUGGGACUAUCAUCUCGGGGCCCGAGUACUUUGCUCCAUGCGAAGCCGAGACUGGCACCCUCCUCUAUCUUGGUUUGACAGUUUCGCAGACCUGGCGAAACGUGCUCAACAGUGAGACCAAGAAUGCCACUGUUAGCAUCGUCUCGAACACGAAUCCUGCUGUUCCGGACCCACGACACGCCUCAAAACGCCAUCCAGAACAUUGGCAGAAGGACAGGCCCUCUUGGCGGCGUGGUAUGCCUUCCAAGGGGCGUAUCACCCUCUUCGGCCACUUUGACGUGCUCAACGUCACCCAUCAUCCAGAAGUAGCUGACAAGGCUUUGAAAUGCUACCUUGAACGACACCCGGAUGCCAGUCACUGGGCACCGAAUGCCACAGAGUCCCCACAUGUCCCCUUCUGGGCCACCUUCAAUGUCCACAAGGUUUAUUGGAUUGGCGGCUUUGGGGACGAGCACUUUAUUGGGUGGUUCAGCAGCGAAGAAUGGAACACAGCAUGGAAGACACACGAUCUGCAUGCUCAAUCUUCGCUCACAGCACAAGAAAGAGGACGGACAAUGUCUGUAUCCGAUAACAUGGCUUCACCCCGCGGCUCUCCCUUUGUGAAAGCAGAUGUCCAGCACUCGCAGCAUGGCUCUCUUCCAACACUAGUAUUUCAAUGA